UUUUUCUCUUGAAAAGGGUUCUUUCUCUGCAACAAGGUGAUAUCUCCAAUCUCUCUUCCAUAAUCUAAUCACACUCUCUUGCAAUCUUUCUUUUUCUCUCAUCUGGGGUAUCAAUUCUGAACAGGAUUCACAUCUUUGAUUUACUGGAGGUUUUGAGAAGGUCCUUCAUAUUUUCGAUGUUAAUCAGGUCCAAGAUUAGUUGAUAAAUCUCCCGGAUCUAUUAGAAUGGUAGCAUGGCCUCAUAGUGAUCAAAUAAUAUCAAGUUGAUGCUUUGAUAUUGGAGGUGUGAGGCGACUCUUCUAGGUUGUUCGGACACUUGCAAAAAGUCCAACAUUUGCUAAGGAUUGGGCAACUUCAGUUUGAAGCUGAUCUGAAACUGUGAAUAGGCUUUUCCUUUACACCUGGUUGUUACCAAUCAUUUUCUUUCUUACUGGAUUUUCGACUAUCCUGUAAGCACAUAUAAUCAGUGCCACCUUGUAAAAGUGUUUUUGAUGUGAAUAAACUUUUUUCUUACUCGUUAUCCUUUAUAUGUUCCAUAACUUAAUGAUUUUAACCAGAAGUUAUUGAUUUUGAAAACAAUGUAUACCAAACACGUUUUUUAAAACAAAGAAAGAAAAAAUGCUAUUUCUGAAAAUGCUUGAAAACAGUUUUUGAAACUCAAACCAAACAGUGUCUAAGUUUGUACUUUUUGAAGUGUUAUUUCGGAGCUUCACUAGUGUUUGCACUUUGUUUAUGUUUUAUAUAUUUACAACGUUAUUUAAUUUGCUGUGCGGUUGUAAGGGAAGAAACAAAGCUCUGUAUGAACCACCAGUGAACUCAGAGGUCAAUGAAGACUCCUAGCAGCGAGGGAGUUGACGUGGAAGAUGACACCAAUGACAAUGAUAGAGAUAAAAAUUUCUUGGUAGAGUCCAAAACCGUCUACUCACGUUGGAGUGGGACCCAUCCCCCCAAAAUGCCACCCCAAUGCUAAUCUUGGGGUGGCGGGUCCCUCCCCAAUGUGAGUAAACGGUUUCUCCAGUACCACAGUCUACCAAGAAUGAUCUAGAUAUAAACAGACUCUCGGCGUCAAGCUAGUCAAAUAUCAGAACCAAGCUUUAUUGUCUGGUUUGGCAUAUUGCGUCGCAUCACGCAGUAUGAUGCUUGUUACCAAGAAUGUUCUCUCUAGCUAUGUUUUUAAAUACCCGGAUAUCACUGAUGAUCUGCCAGGUGUGACACUGUUUCUAGCUGCAAGAUUUUAUUCUUUGCGUGGCUGCAAUAUUAUAUUCAAUAAUAUGAAGCUUUUGGUUUAUUCCUUGACCUUGACGAUCGUUAAUCAGUUCCAAAUUAUAACUGUAUUAUAAUUCUGCUACGUGGAUGCAGAAUAUUGUCUCAGUGGUUACUGUUUCCACUGAGCUUUUUUGGUUUGAUCUCCACAGAGUCACUUACUUAAAAAUUGGUUAGGGCCUGGUUACCUGUGAAUUUGUUGGAUGCUUAUGACAGGCCCUUAUCAGUCUGAAGUACAUUAAAAGUUGCUAUGGUGACAAUACUGGAUAAUGUUGCAAAGUUUUAACUGCUCUUGGUGAAAUGCACCUUUCAAGAAGAGCCUCGACAGCAGAAUCUGGGCCAAUCUGUUCUUGAUGGUAUUUAAAUAGAGCCGUAUAAAUUUGCACAAGUAUCCUUACCAUGUUACGGCAAGAUUGCUGUGGUUUACCCUUUACUUCCCCCUGGUUACCUAUGAAUCAUCAUAUGAUCCGAAUGAACUCUACGACCUCAUCCUAUAUAGUCUUUCUUUAGCUAUUAGAUAGUACCCUAGAAUAAAAAAUGUCUCAUUAUGCAGUGUAUCAAGGCAGUCCGACUUGAAGAGGCUUUCCCUCGCAGGUCAUUUCAGCCAUAUCUGGUGGAGUUAAAGAUGUCAAGUUUCAUGCUGUGGGUUAUACGUGUCGGAUACAUAAUUAUUACUUGAUGGUGUCAUAUUCGGCAGCAACCUCUAGUUUUAUUUUUGUUUCUGUAGGCAAUAUAAGUUGAAUUGGGGGGAUUUUAUUUUUCACCACCUAUCACAUCUUCUUGUGAUUUCUACAGUUACUUUUUGUCUUUUUCCUUUUCUCCAGCGGGCUUUAAUGAGAGUCAGUAUUGUAGAGAGUUUGAGCUGUUCUAUCGACAACAAGAAGACAGGUACCUCUCAAAAGCUUGUGGAACCUUCUCCAUGGGUCUUUGGGUUUGAUAACCGCGACUUGUAGAUAACUUUGUGUCAUAUUAUACAGUUCUGGAUUAUGUAUCCAUCAACCUAGCUGUGCUUGUUGUACACAACCUGCAAUGGAUCAUUUACAUUACUGUUAUACCAGUUAGCCCCACCAUUUACGAGGAUUAAAUAUUUUGGUUCUCAUGUUGUGCAUCAGAGUUGUUGAAAUGGAUUGGUUAUUUUCCUUCUUCUUCCUCAUCUUCUUCUUCUUUUUCUUGUGAGAAAUCUGAAAUGGACUACUCUUACCGAUGAAUAACUUUUACCAAGUCUAUUGUUUGCAGUGCCUCUGAAAUAUUUAUACUCCGGAAGGAUUUCUUUCAAGAUCAGUCUUCGCUUUCCAGUGAGAGAAAGCGAGAAUGAUGAAGAGAAAUCUGUAAGUGGAUUUGAGGCAGUCAAUAUAUACAUUCAUUCUCCAGCUCCUUGUUGUACAUAGGAAGCAUAGAGAAGACACUCUACUUAACAAUUUUCUCUGACAAGUCCCCUGAAGAGUGAAGAUGAGACUGCAAGACAAGUGCUUGUGGGUUGUGGGCUUACUGAAAUGAUAUAAUUAGUACAACGAAAGUAUGAUAACUAAGACAUACUUAAAAAGCUACCAGUAACAGCACAGCAGCAAUAAUACUCCCGAAGUGUUCCCGCUACAGUUUGCUCCAAAACUAUGAAAAGCCAAGUUCCCUGAAGGGCUACGUGUUUUGGCGGUUGAUGAUAGCUCCCUUUGCUUAAAACUUCUUGAGGCUUUACUCAAAAAAUGUCGUUAUGAAGUAACUGCAACGCUAUCUGCAAAUGCUGCUCUUGGUUUAUUAAGAAAGAACAAGAAAAACUUCGAUAUCGUUAUAACAGAUGUACAAAUGGAUGAAAUGAACGGUUUUGAGCUAUUGAAAACUAUCGGUCUUGAAAUGGACAUACCAGUGAUUAUGAUGUCUACGAGUGGCGACUACGAAACGGUGAUGAAAGGUAUAGAGCAUGGUGCAUGUGAUUAUCUAGUGAAGCCACCGUCACUGAAAGAGAUUCAAAAUAUAUGGCAACAUGUGGUUAGACUUAAGAAAAAUAAAUCUACUUUGAGUGAUCCCGAUACUGAAAAAAAAGGAACCGAAAGAAAUUUAAAGAGGAGAAACAAUAAUCAAACAAAAAGUAAUGAGGAUGAAGAUAGCAGCCAUUCUUCCGAUGAACUAUUACCGAAUCAGAAGAAAACAAGAAUUUCUUGGGCAGACCCCGAGUUACAUGCAAAGUUUGUUGAAGCGUUUUAUAAGUUAGGAGAUAAAGCUGUUCCGUCAAAAAUUCUCGCAGAAAUGAAUGUCCAAGGACUCACUCGUGAGAAAGUUGCUAGUCAUCUUCAGAAAUAUAGGAAGAUAAUGGAGAAACAGAGCAAAAAACCCAAUAGCAUCACCACAUUCAAUGGAAUGAGUGGACGUCUACGGAAUUCUACCUUUCCAUCUCUUCUUAAUCUCCAAUUUCAAAAUGGAAGGAAUUACCUCUCUAGUUCUCAAUCAUAUCAUCGGGGAACAAAUCAAUUAAGUCAUUAUGGUGUCACUCCUAAUCCCUCGAACCGUUCGUUUGUAAAUCCACAUCCACACUUUCUUCCUUCCACCCAACCAUAUACUUCCCAGUAUUCCUCCACUCUUGGCACAAUAAAUCAAAACCCUCAAAAGAUACAAGUUUCCGACUCAACAAUGCACAAUUUACAUAACCAAACAUAUGCGAGUGGAUUAAAUGCUCAAACCUUUUCUUCAAGUUCUAAAUUAUUUGAUCCUCAUAUGGUGAGUUCAUCCAAGUUUCCAGAUUACAAUGCAAAUAUACAUUCGGGAACAAGUAAUUUUCAGUUUGGGGAAGCAUCGAAUGUGCUAGCUAAUAACAACCUUUUUGAUGAUCUCACCUAUUAUUCCAUGCUCGACCAUGCAAGCUCUAGUAAUUUGAACACAGUUUUUCAGAGUGAUUAUACAUUUAACAUGACUCACUCUACUCUUUCAGGCUAUGAUGAUGGAAUGAGGAAUAUGGUUGCUCCGACCAUACCAAGUACCAAUGUGAUGGAAUCUCAAAGUGUUGACCAGAUACCUUCGCUGGAAAAUCCUCUAGCCUUUCUUGAGACAGAUAGUGAUCACCUUGGUAGUUAUAGCUUCGCAGAUGAUGAUCUUAGUGCAGCAAUUAGACCGUAUCAACAGCAAUAAUGCAGUGCGGAUUUCCAAAAAUUCAGCAGCUACAAAGCUUUCUCAGAGUUAGAUUAAGUUUUGUUAAGGUACAUAAUAAACCUGUCAUCCCCACAAUUCGAUAUCGCUUGUCGUGUUCAAAUGGGCGAGGAAAAUCUACGUUAAGUUGCACAUUAAUGUUUGACUUAUUUCUCAUAUCUUAUGUUGAUGUUUGAGGUAAUUCAGAAUUACGAAUUGUAUUUAGACUUACUUGAUAGACAUGUUUAAACAUUUGGAACCUAAUUUUUGUUAAUAAAAUUUUAGAUAUUAC